UUUUGUAACAGUGCGACGGGGAGGACACACGUUUUGAAAGUUGUGAUAUCGCGCGACACGAAACGUGGCGUGUGCAAGUAAAGCUGGUACAGACGAGUGAGCAGCAGUGGUUUCGCACGCGCAGUUUCUCUUAGUCCUGAGGCAGACGACAACGUCCGUUCAGGUCACUGACGGAAUCUGCGCGGCCACGUCCUAGUCAGCAUGUCGUUCCAUUGCAUAAAAUGACUUCAGGUGUUGUUAGAAGUAACUGGAUGUCUCCGAACUCUUCCGACGACGAAAUUUUCCUUCCGAAUCCCCAGAGUUCUGUUCAAAACGGCCCACCGUUGCAGAAGUAUGGUGACAGUUCUGCAGACGUAAACUGGGGAGCUGCUCAGUUCCCUCAACUUUAUCAACUUCAGUCCCAUAAUCUGCCGCCUGAAAACGAAAAGAGUACCUGGAACGAUUCCCAGUCUUUUUUACAUGCCGACGUAACCUCUGCCAACAGUUACAACAAUCGUCCCGAAGUACAGCAUAGCUUUAGCAGCCGUUUGAGUUCGCGGAGUCACGACAGUGAUUGUGUAGUGUCAGAAAACGCAAAACACGCUGGUCGUGGUCGAGAACGGCAGGCAUCCAUCGUAGACGGACUUCUGCAUGAGAUCUACGACAGGUGGCACGGCACACGUGCGGACAGUUUUGACAGCGACACUUUCACAGAAUGCUCCAGCACCUCAGAAGUUUUUCUAUCUCGAUGGGAUUCGUAUGAGGCUGACGAACAGCGUCAUUCGAGCCAGCUUAGCAGGACAUUUCUGGAAAGCCAAAGUACGGUCCAGCUAAAAAAGAUGGUGGCCGACAUGCAGCGCAGCAUCAGCCAGACCUCCGGACGGCUUGUGCGGCAACUCCGGCGGCGAGACCGACGGCUGGCCAAACUGCAGAGAAACUGUGACGUGGUGACCGCCAUCCUGCAGGCUGCAUCUCUCAAGCGGCAGGUGGACACCAAGAUGAAGUUCAGCCUCGAGCCGCCGCCGGGCCAGAGUGCCUUCGAGCAGUGGAAGGACGCCAUGAAAGCGGUGGGGCGCCUACCUAUGGGCAUUCCACCCGAGUUCCGCAGAAAGGUGUGGCUGAGCCUGGCUGACCACUACAUCGGCCAGCUGAAGCUGGACUGGCACAAGACUGUCCGCUUUGCCUUCAAUGAACGCAGCAACCCGGACGAUGAUAAGCUGGGCCUACAGAUUGUUAAGGACCUGCACAGAACUGGCUGCAGUAGCUUUUCGGGGCAGGACAACGAGGAAGAUCGUGCUGUGCUGAAGCGUGUGCUGCUGGCGUAUGCACGCUGGAACAAGCGAGUCGGCUACUGUCAAGGCUUCAACGUCAUAGCCGCCCUGCUUCUUGAUGUCACAGACCGCAAGGAGGACGAUGCCCUCAAGGUAAUGAUUUACCUGAUUGACCGGGUUCUGCCAGAGAGUUACUUUGACAACAAUCUGCGAGCACUGUCUGUGGACAUGGCGGUCUUCAGGGACCUCUUGCACCUGACCUUUCCUACACUUUCCAAACAUCUUGAUCGCCUGCAGCAUGCAGCUCAGGAUGUGGCAACUGGUGCAAACUAUGAGCCGCCUCUUACCAAUGUGUUCACUAUGCAGUGGUUCCUCACACUGUUUGCUACAUGUCUGCCUAAGGAUGUGGUGCUGCGUGUCUGGGAUGCAAUACUGCUAGAAGGGUCAGAGGUCCUUCUAAGGACUGCCCUCUGCAUUUGGGGCAAGUUAGCUAGGAGGAUAAUGACUGUGACAAGUGCAGAUGAGUUCUACUCACUAAUGGGCGAAUUGUCGUCUGAUAUGAUGCAGGGGGGUGUCUUCAAUGGAGAUGAUAUUGUCAAGGCAGUCUACACCCUAGCACCAUUUCCUUUUCCUCAAAUGACAGAUCUUAGAGAGAAGUACACCUAUAACAUCCGGCCUUUCUCCAACCAACCGACACCAAGCAAGCAGGCUUCACGUAUAGCAAAGUCUGUACUUUACAGUGAUGAGGAUGACAUGGAUGAUGACGAGAUCAGGGCCAUUGCAUGUAUUCCUGGCAUGGGACCUGUGCAGGCUGGCAAAGGCAAAGGUGAAAUGAUUGGAGGAUCAGCAGGCGAUAUUUCAUUAGUUGGACCAGGUGUUUAUGGUAGCGGCGAACCUGAGAUAAACAGUGGUGUUGGACGUGAUGCAGUUUGCCUAGAGCGUAUGAGCACUGACAUCACAGCACUGAAACUGCAGUAUGAAAAACUGCGGCAGAGGCAGAGGCAGGCACAUAUCAUCAUUGCUGCUGCAGCUUCAGCAAAGAAAAAAGUAGAGGAAAGACAAAAGGUUAAUGUCCUGGUUCCACACAUUGAGACCCCUACUGCUAUGAACCAUCUCUUUGUGGGCAAGGCAUUGUCAGGACGUAAUCGAAUGGUCACUGACGGGCCUCGUAUUGCUGCUAGCAGCCUUGCAACUCACAACAGUCUUCCAACAAAACAGCUGCAUACUGAGGCGACAGUAAGGACCUUCUCCAAAGAGAGACUAAAAGCCUGCGGCAGGACAAAGGGAUGUCACAUGCCCAAUAGUUCAUCUUUUCAGACAGACAGACAAAUAUCUUCAGUUGUUCAGGAUCUAGCAGCUCCUGCCAAUACUGAGGAUGAUUGCAAAAACGACAGGCUUCCUGAGCUGGUGGGAGAUGAGGAUUCAACUAUUCGGUGUCUUAAAACUGAUGCAUCUAUGGGUAGGGAAGAAAGCAGUGCAGCUGCAAGCAGCACUGGUGUGCAACAGGCACCUAUGAGAAAAGCUGCUGACACAAUCUGUCCAAGCUCUGGCAGCGAGGAUACAGCAGGUACCAGCACUUGCAGCAUGUUUGGGAAUGAUGACCUUGAAGCUACUGCUCAGCACCCAGAAGCCAGUCUAGGCUGCCAGCAUUCACCUGCAGAGUAUGAAGAGCAAAUUGAAAUGAAAGACUCUUGUCUGCAUCAGGAUAGGUUGAACAUCACAGAGGUAUGCUGGCAGGAAACCACUAGUCUGCAACAGAUAUCAGAAGAUGACUCUGGUGUUAUUUUAUCUAGUCCCACUCAGGGGUCAGCCACCUCCAGCCCAGACAAAAGGGCAGGUAACUGCAAGGACAGUUGUCAGCAGCUGAGUGAGACUGACCUACAGAAGGCUCAGUCUCAAAAUGAAAAAGAGGAUGCAAACCUUUCUUGUCGAGCUUUACCUGACAGCCAUGUCAAUGCUGGCAGUUGUGACAGCAAUCAGCAGGACUGCAACUACCGCAACCAGAAUAUUGCUCGCUCCCUCUCGGCACCGCAAGGGAUUUCCAAUCCCAUGGUUCGACCGUCUACAUUGCCAGUUAGCAGCAGUACUGCUUCUUUGUGUGUGCAGCAGGCAUCGUCGAUCCUGCUUGCUCGGCAGUAUCAUCCCUCUGCACAAUCUUGCCAGCUUCCAUCCUCUUCACCCGUUAAGACUUCACGGCCGUUUGACCCUUUUCCUGUGAAACAUGUCAACACCAAUCGUGCUAAAACAGGCCUCAAACUUGGUCUGUACACACCGUCAAUGCUCGAGCAGAUUCAGGGACAGAUGUUGGGUGGACUGCAAGUGAGGAAAUCUCGCAAUGCCUCAUCCUAGCAUACCUUACAUGGAAAGUAACUCAGAAAGUAAGCUUUAAGCAAGAAGAGGUGGUUGAGGAUUAACAUAGCAGAUGAUGUCAACACCCAUGUUGAUAGAAUUCUUUUCCAUUAUUCCUGAAAAAUUGGAUAAGAGAUUCCACAGCUGGGCUUUGGCUUGUGUGAAAAGUAAUUUCUCAUCAGCAUGAGUGAGGGCAAAGUUGUUUUGGAUUUGUUUUUACAUAUACUGUAUGCGAAAUAGUGCCAUAUUAUCACCAGUCAUUAUCUACCAACAUGAAUGAUCAGGAAUAAUACAUUAAAAUAGUUUUUCUGAAGUAGAAAGGUUUAGUAAAACAUUUUUAUCUAAUCCAGUAAUCAAUGAAUGUGUGUGAUUGCAAGGGCAUGAGUGAUGAGGGGAUUUAUAACAUUUCUUUUUAUAAAUUCCUGAUAUGACAAAUUUGAAGUUAUAUAAGAUGAAAUGACUUGUGUGAUAUCAGGGAUCUCCUGAAGUUUAUGGUCCAAGUGUUGCAAUACUUUGAAGGAUAAGUCUUAGCCAACGGCGGAAAGUUUCUUUUGUUAAAUGCUAAUCGAGUGGUGAAUUGUCACACGUUUCUUCUGUAGUGACAAGAACAUUUAAAGGAAAGUGAACAUUUGUAAACUAAUUAAUAAUUUUAAAAUUUUAGUGAUCAGUACAGUAUAAAAUAUAAAGGGAUAUUGUGGUGUUUUGUCAUCUUCUGAUUAAAUUACCCAUCUUAACAUUUUUUGUAUAUAAGCCAUUGAAAAUAUCAGUAUUAUAGCUGAUAUCUGACAUUUCUAAAUGGGUUUGUGCAUAUUUGCAGUCAAGCAUAAUUAUGUGCUCAUUAUCACGCCAUCUACUUUGUCAAUUAUCACAGCAGAUUUGCGAUUUUUAAAACUUGCAAGCACAGUUUUGAGCAUCCCCAAGAAAGAUAAAUCACUGAUUAAAGGCUACUAAAAUUAGAGGAUUCAAAUCAUAGAAGACAUAUAAUGUGAUAUAUGGGCUUUGGGGGAAAAAGGUUGCAUGCUUGAAUAAUAAAGGCCCCAGUAUCCUGAAGGGUGUGGUGUAGUUUUGAUUUGAACAGUUUUGCCCGUGUUGUGUAAUUUGUUUAAAAAUCUGAAAUCUUUUCAUGAUGUUCCAAUCCCUUUUUGUGCAACUAGAUUCAAUCAGCUGGGGUUUUUUUUCCAUCAUAGUAUUUUAUCUUUUUUUCCAAGGCAUAAUUUACUAUCUUUAUUUAUGAGUCACGUUCACUGUUAGAACUUGUCUGGAAUUAACAGGGUAUGGAAGAUACAUAUAGUCGUAUAUUUUAUGUUGGUUAUCCUUGUUUGGUAGAGUGCUUGUUAAUUUCUGCUGAUUUCAUCACAUCAUUGUUUAAUCUGAUGAUGACUAGAUGUCACAGACUGUAUCACUAAUUCUCAGUCUUCAACACUGUAGCAUUAUAAUUCUACUUUAAUAUAUACCAUUACCAUUAACUGCUGUACUACAUAGCUUGAGGAAUGAGUUUACAAUGGUGUUACUGUGUUUGUUUUCCUUUUUCCUACAUUGCCUGAUUUUACCAAACCAGAAAGAUGCUACAAAACGUAUCCUCACAAAUACCUUCGCCACACAAGAUACAGGACAAACUAUGCAUCACUAAAAUUUGCAUGUCAAAUGCUUCUACCAUGCCUCUUUGUGUUGCAUUGUGCUCUAACAAUAUGAGACCAGCUAUUCCUGCUUGAUUUCAUCAUUGUCUUGUAAAUUUCCACUCACAAUUCUAAAUUUUCUGAUAGGAAAAUGAAGUAUUAUACAAGAAGUUACAAGAAAACCAAGUCCCCACAUGCUCUAGAUCAAGGGUGGGCAAAGUUUUCUUUUUGCGGGCUGGUGUUGAAAUUCAAAGCUAUGCAGCAGGCCAUUAAAAUACCAAAACCCCACACCAGGUGAGUACCUAAUGGUUUUCACUUACCGAAUUUAUUGUGUAAAGUGAAGCUGUUUGAAUUCACUCACAAUAAAACUUUAAAACCAGCCAUUCCUUUGAAGGCGGCCACCCCGAGUGCGCUAAUGACGUGAAUGUCAGCCAUGUUAUUUGUUAUCUUUGUACUUUGUGUUAGAAUGUUACAGAUUGUCAACAUUUCUAACACUGUUGUACUUGAUAAAUUUAAUUUCAAUCAAAUUAACCUACGCUGAAUGAAAAAAAAGAAAAUAAGUGCACUUCGCAUUUUGACAGACAGGCCAGUCUAAAGAUGUCCGCAGACCAUACUUUGCCCACCUCUGCUCUAGAUAAUAAUGAAUAUCUAGCUUUACUAGCUUUCUCCUUUAGCCAUGACCCAUAUCUUCAGUCUUUUGUACCCUCUUGUUUGCUAGUCAUUUGACCAAAGCUCUAUAUCAUAAUGAAUUCAAGCUUACAUUGGAAAAAAUAGGGUUAGUAAAACAACUUUUCAAGAUUCUGUACUUUUAUGUAAUUGGUAGGACACAAACUAUAUUGCCACUGUAAUGUAGUGUUUGAAAUGCAUUUGUUUGUGCUUUGUGGUCUAAUGCAAUGUUGGAAAUAUUUCAGAAUCCUUCACACCAAAAUAUUUUUAACUUAAUAAGCAAUAAAGAUGUUAUCAAAGAUAACA